CCUUUAUCUAGGAGGAGCCCAAGAUGGUGCCCUAGAGGGAUGCACUUCUUCGAGCUCCAUAUUCACAUUUGCUAAGGAGCCUAAUUUAGCAUUUGUUAUUUGCUAUUUUUUUAUCUGUGAUACUUCUGCGCCAACUCUAUCUCUAUCAGGACUGAGACCUUGAGUGCAGUUUCCUUCAGGACGAUGUUUUCUUCUCUCUCCUUACUGCCUUCGCUCCAACUUGAUUUGGCUGGUGUUCAACGACAUGCCUAGUAAGUGCUUGUUCUAAUUUAUGAAAAGAAGCAAUUCUCCUUAUCUCCAAACAACGUUAACAAACUUUAACAUCAAAAGGCUCUCUGGAUUUACUUCCUUCUUUUUGCUGCUUUGCCUUUCACUCCCUGUAUGUUUUGCUGAGUUCAUCUCUGCGUGCCUCUUAAAGCGGCAAUUCUGCAGCUUCUUUGAACAAUGGUGUUCACCAGAAAAGACUAUAAAAAUCUGGGAAUUGCCCCUUCUCUUGAGCUGCCCUUUCACACCGGUUGGGCUAGACAACCAAAAAUAACUCAGUUUUACUCUCCUAAGAAGCGAAAAACUGAUGGAAACCGAGCCAAGGAACAAGGAACCAGAACUACUCCCUCUCCUGCUCCAGUAAAGGACUGGUCCCUGAAUCUCAUUCCAGAGCCCAAACCUAGUGCUUAUAACUCACCUUCUUUAAACCUAGCACAGGAAAUAGCAUGGGCUGAGAACAUGUCCCCCCUAGAAACAGCUAAAAUGCUGCUGAACUGCGAUGAAGAUGACCAGUCUGAACGGUCACUAAACCAUGUCUUUGACCCAGUCGAGCAUUCUAAUACUGAAGUAAAGACUAACUGGAAUUCUACCAACCAAAUACAGCCAGCCACGGAGGUAAAUGCCGCAUGCAAAGGUCCCUCUGCUGAAAUGGAGUCCUGGUUUAACACGACUCUCUUCCAGAGCCCCGAUGAAGGCUGGCAGGUCUACACUUCAGCUCAGGCCUCUGACGGCAAAUGCGUGUGCACGGCUGUCAUCCCUGUCCAAGGCACCUGCUCCAGGGACUUGCGCAACCGACAGCUACGGCAGCUGAUGGAAAAACAGGUGCAAAACAUCUCCCAGUCCAUGGAGGUGCUGGACCUUCGAACCUACCGGGACCUGCAGUAUGUCCGUAAUACUGAGACGCUGAUAAAGGGGCUGGACUCCAGGCUGAAAGUGGCCGCAGAGAGUCAGAAAAAUCUGAAUGCCAAAAGUUUCCAGGAAUUAAAGGACAAAAUGACAGAGCUGAUGCCACUUUUCCCUGUGCUGGACCAGUACAAGUCGGACACCCGCACCAUUGUGCAGCUGAAAGAGGAAGUGAGGAACCUUUCGGGCAGCUUGCUGCAGAUCCAGGAAGAGAUGGGAGCCUAUGAUUAUGAGGAGCUCCAGCAGCGUGUGCUGGUCCUGGAAGCACGCUUACACGCUUGUAUGCAGAAGCUAGGGUGUGGAAAACUCACAGGGGUAAGCAACCCGAUCACCAUCCGGGCAUCAGGAUCCAGAUUUGGCUCUUGGAUGACAGACACCAUGGCCCCCAGUUCUGACAGCCGGGUAUGGUACAUGGACGGCUACUACAAAGGCCGCCGUGUACUGGAAUACCGUACACUGAACGACUUCAUCACUGGCCAAAACUUUGUCCAACACCUACUGCCUCAUCCCUGGGCUGGCACUGGUCAUGUGGUCUUCAAUGGGUCCCUUUACUACAAUAAGUAUCAGAGCAACAUUGUGGUGAAGUACCAUUUUCGCUCCCGGAGUGUCGUCGUGCAGCGCAGCCUCAACACUGCCGGUUACAACAACACCUUCCCAUACUCCUGGGGUGGCUUCUCGGACAUCGACUUCAUGGUGGAUGAGAACGGGCUCUGGGCGGUCUACACCACCAACCAGAAUGCUGGCAACAUUGUGGUAAGCAAGAUGGACCCCAUCACACUGGAGAUUCUCCGCAGCUGGGACACCGGCUACCCCAAACGGAGUGCAGGGGAAUCGUUCAUCAUCUGCGGGACCCUCUACGUGACAAAUUCACACCUUGCUGGGGCUAAGAUCUAUUUUGCCUACUACACAAACACUUCUAGCUAUGAGUACACGGAUAUUCCCUUCCACAAUCAAUAUUCCCACAUAUCCAUGUUGGACUAUAACCCCCGGGAGAGGGUCCUCUAUACCUGGAACAAUGGCCACCAGGUCAUCUACAACGUGACUCUUUUCCAUGUCAUAAAGACUUCAGGGGAGUUAUAAUCACAUGAGCAAAAAGGCCUCAACUCUCUCCGUUGUCAUUUUGUUCAUUUUCUCUCUUAUCCUUGCGGGUGGGUGGGGGCACCGCGGCCUGCAAACUCAGUGGCCUGGGAAAACAGUCCGUGAUGCCAUUAUUUCUAUAUAAUAAAACAAACAGAUUUCUUCUUUCUCUUUCUCUCUCUGUCUGUCUUUCUCUCUUUUCUGUGGUUGAUGACGCAUGGAUCUGGUUUGAGCCUUCUUUGGGGGGGUAUUUUUUAUUUUUGUAUUGGUUUUAUUUUACUUAUUUACUGGUGGCAAAUAA